AUGUCUGAACAAUUCACUGAAUUUUACUACAACCAAUUCGAUUCUGAUAGAUCACAAUUAGAACAAUCUAUGUUAACUUUUGAAACUUCUCAAGUUCAAGGUGCCAAAGAUAUUGUUGAAAAAUUAGUUUCAUUACCUUUCCAAAAAGUUGGUCAUAGAAUUACCACUUUAGAUGCUCAACCUGCUUCUCCAAAUGGUGAUGUUUUAGUCUUAGUCACUGGUGAAUUAUUAGUUGAUGAAGAACAAAACCCACAACGUUAUUCUCAAGUCUUCCAUUUGAUUCCAGAUGGUUCUUCUUAUUAUGUCUAUAAUGAUAUUUUUAGAUUAAACUAUGGUGCUUAA